UAAAGUUUGGACGUGUUGAGACGCGGAGUGGACACAGCGAGACACAGCGCGCUAAAUGUCUUCUGGGGUCAUUUCUCAGUAACAACAACUGGAUAUAUAUCUAUAUAUACAUACAUAUCACCAUCUACGACAAAGGAGGGACCCAUGAGCCAAGGGGGGGGCAUUAUUCUCUCUCAAAUAAGGUGCAGCUCUGCCUGAGAUGGCCACGUCGCUGUGCUGCCACAGGACGCUCCUAUUGGCCGUGGCCUUCUGUUUCCUGCCUUGCAUCACUUCCUCCCUCAACCUGGAGGAUCCCAAUGUCUGCAGCCACUGGGAGAGUUAUUUGGUGACAGUGCAGGAGUCCUACGCUCAUCCCUUUGAUCAGAUUUAUUACACCAGCUGCACCGACAUCCUCAACUGGUUCAAGUGCACCAGACACAGGGUGAGCUAUCGGACAGCCUAUCGCAGAGGAGAGAAGACCAUGUACCGGAGAAAGUCCCAGUGCUGCCCAGGCUUCUACGAGAAUGGAGAGAUCUGUUCUG